AUGCGAGUGGGAAUAGGUGUGUUAAUCACCUAUGGGAUCGCGACAACAAACUCCUUGGACCUGUGGUGGUCUCAGACGGCCGACAACCUGGAGCCAAAGGAAAAGGUCACCCAGACCACUGAUGGUUGGUGGCCGUCAUGGGAAUGGCUUGAAAAUGAAAAGGGUGAAGGGAGUCCAAAAAAGGGCAAAAUCCCAGAAACCCGCCAAGAAAGUUCCAAGUCUUGGGGCUGGUUUCAAAGCGCCACCUUCCUCGAGAUGGUGUGGGGGCUUGGUUGGUUCUACAAGAUUGGGAUCAAGGUCUUCCUUAGGUUGGCGGACAGUAGUCUGACCUACUGUGGGACCCUAUGUGCCUCGCUCGGAUUCGCUGCACGCUGGAUGUACUGGCUCGCUGUGGCUGUAGUGGGUGUGUUCCUACUGCAGCUGGGAGUGUGGACUGUAACUUGGGUUCUGUUUCCAGUCCUCCGGCACUUCCUCGCUUUGUGGCGUUACCUUCGUGGUCAAGGCACUUGGCACGAUGUGGUCAGCCUCCAUGGGGUCGGAUCCUUUCGGCCAGAGUGGGUGGGUCCGAAUGUGGGUACACCUUGGACGGCGCAGUACGUGCAACAACAGGUGAGGGCGAGGAGUGAAAACCGAGAGCCCUUGGACCUCCUCGUGUCAGACGGGGCCGCAGUGGCGAGGCUUCGCCACGGAGCCCUCAGAGGACGCACCAAUCGACACGGAUACUUGGCAGUUUGCACGGAAGUGCACUCGAGCUCGCAUCGCUACUGGCGCAAUCAGCUGGAGGUGGCCAGUUGCAGGGUCCACUUGUGCUCUGCGUCUCCUUGCACUGCUCCGGAAGUUGCAGACGUGCAUGCCCCACUGAGCGCAGUAGUAGCUAGGACCGUUGAAGUUGACCUUCGUGAAGCAGCAGGUAAAGGACCCAUGGCGCGUUGCUGGACGGUGACCACGUUUUGGAGUUGCAUUACUUGCAGACUCCUUAGUUGGGCGUGCUGCUUUGGGUGCAGGGUCUGUCGCAGAAGGGGAUCGGUGGGUUGCCGGAGGCGAGCUUCUCGCCCAGGCGGCCCAGGACCCCAAGCCCAACGACACUUGCACGUCGACUCAGAGACUGAAUCUGAAGGAGGAGAAGAUGAUUACCCUUGCCAGGCUGAUCAGAUAGCCCUUGCGGCUGUGGAUAAUCAAGCUCAGAGCGAGCCCCUCUGCCUCGGUCCUUGCAAGGACGCGGCUAGGAAAACUCCCAUCAAACUCCUACAACCCGACGAGGCUGUCAGUUGUAGAGAUGAGUUGAAGGAAGAUGAAGAAGGGUAUCACUUCUAUGCAUGUGACAGACAUCGCGACAAGUAUGUCGUGUCAAGAGCCCUGAGAGGGUGUGCCGUCGAAGGUUGCAACUCGGCGGCGCGGGUUAUGCACCGAAAUGUCAAGUUAUGCAAACUCCAUGCCGCAAAGGAAGAAAAGCGUCCGCCACACGUGCCAAGAGCCACUUUGAAUACUGGAAAGGAGAGCUUGGAAAGUGAGGAGCCGCCGCCGAACAAAUCGACCCAGGAGUCAACCGUGGCGGCCGCUGAGCCAGUCAAGGAUGGCAAAGCGAGCCAGGUCCUCGCUGACUACGUCAGAAGCCGAAGCCAAGGGGGGAGUGACUCAGAAGCGAGAGCUGCCUGCGCUUGGGCACUGCUAUCAGACCAGGAUCUGUCUAACGUCCUGAAGACCACAGCUCAGCAAUAUCUCACACGUCUGCCAGCCACGUUUCCGGCGACUAGUCGAAAGGCGCUCGAAGAUCUGGCAAGACCGGCACUUGUGGAUCCUGUUCUUCAACUUGAAGUUGAUUUCCAAGGAGACGCUGGCAGGCACCUUCCGAGUCUCUCAGCCCCGAACGUCGUCAGAGAGGAGGAGUCUGAGGGCAGGCCUGAGGCGCGUUUCGCGCCCGGGCCAGCCCCGGGAGGACCUCCUGCUACGCCCAGCUGGGACCAUACCCAUGGGACCUCGGGAGCAGCCGCUUUCUUUCGGCCGAGAAAGCUGGUGAGCGGAGCCGCACAGGGGGCUUUAGCGACACUCGCCGCGGCACCACCGACGUUCGAUGGAGCGUCCUCCCUGGCCAUUUCAGCUCGACCUUGGAGGGCCGGUGCUUUUACGGACCCAGAACCCAGACCGGUCGAUGAUGCGACCAAAGCUUUGCAGACCAUCGCCAAGGCAGUGUUGAGCAAAGAUGAGGCCGCGGGUCAGGAAAGGGGAAAGGUCAGCAGCAUCGGAAAGACAGAAGAACGCCUAGUCUUCCUUGCUCGAGGCUGUGACGCCUUGACUGUGCCGGUGUGCGCGUCCACUGUCGGCAAAGAACUUUUCCACGCCCUCAAAACUGCAGGUUCACAAGGCCGCCCUCAGAUGCGGGCACUGCAGUUCCCAGUCAACGUCAACAAUCGAAUUGCCUUUGGGAUCGCAUCUAUGAACAUAGGUGGGAAGGAGGUCAAGUCCUUACCGGAAUUUAGUCUCUCAGCCGCGGAUUUCCCAUUGACGACAGAGGCAGACUUCGACACCUUUGCUCCGCCGACGGAUUUCAAGCUUGAGAAAAGACCCAGGGGACCGAUUACCCUCACUGCCUGGUUCAGAUGCGCCUUGAGAAUGGCCUGGGCCCUUUCGUGCGCGUAUGGGACUGAACACUACCCGCAAUGGGAAGCAGCUGCAACCAAGCUCCUUCGUUUGGGAGAAGAAGUUGGAUAUGCCUGGCCUCUUCAAUGGAUCGCCAAUGUCUGGGAAGAACUUUGGAGCCGAUACGUGGAAGAGUUGAAACAGCUUGAUCGAGACCUCCGGCGACAAAUGGGGGAAGAAGCACCUUCGUUCGAAAGGAUCAGGUUCUUCGCUACGGCUCCCGAUGUGGAAGGCAACCCGUGGCUAAGACUGCCCCAGACGUUCGACCUGGACUCAGACAGUGAAUUUUUCCACACUGACAUCUUGCCCCGGCACAACCGUAUGCUCUCAAGGACUUGCUGGCAGCAAGCCCUAAAAGCCUCCAGCCUCGGCCUGACACCAGCAGAAGGGGGUCGAGCAGGCGGAGAACCAGAUCCCAGGGCGGGUAAGCCGGCAAAGGGAGAGACAACCGCGCUCCUCGGUCCACCGCUGACCACCAAAGAGGCCUCUCGGUCACUUGACCAUCGUCCCAAAUGUAGGGAAACAGGAAAGUAUUACUGUUGGGAUUUCAUCAGUCACAGAGGUUGCAAGCAGGGCAACGGGUGCCCGCACCAACAUCCCAAAGCUGGCAAAAUUCCCAAAUGGGACACUUUCGACUGGUCCAUUCAGAUGCAGCUGCUUCGCCGCGGCGGGCUCCGAAGCAACAAAAAGCUAAGCCCACUGGAGGUUGAGGCAGCCAUUGUGGAGCUCCGCAACAGUGUCACUGCCAAGUCGGCCGAGAAUGUGGCCGAGGGGAAGGCACAAGCCAAGCCAUCUCCAGCUGGAAAGGACAAAGACAGGAAAGGAGCGAAGCCUACCAACACUGCGCCUGCCGCGAAAGUAGGCCAGGCACCACCGCAGCCACCUGAGGAGCUCCUUCAAUUCGCCCCGACCGACGCGGAAGCGGAACUCGCUGCGUGGACCAAGGGGGCCGAUCACACCUGGUACCAGGAUCGGUCGCCUCCGGCAAUUGCCGAAAUUGGGCCAGACAUCCGCGAAGCAACCAUGGCCAAACCUGAGGCGCGUCAUCGCGCCCAGGUUAUGGCCCAAGUCGAAAAUGUCGGGAUUCCAGCCUUCCCGCAGCUCCUUGGAACGUACGUCAGGGGCUGCCUCCUGCGUGAAAAAGAGCAGAAUCCUACUUGUGACCUGACGGCCAGUCAUGUCACUGCUGCCCUUGAAGCGGCUAGGGACCAGGGGGGUCCUGAACUUGCUGCUCAAGCCGCAGACGCCCUGAGCACCUACGGGGAUUACGGCAAGGUCGGCAGCACCGCACCAGCGACCCUCAGCCCUGUCAGUUGGGACGGAUUGAUCGGGUAUGGAACGCUUGAGUGGCAGUAUGGCACCUGGCAGACCAUUGAUUUCGGAGACGAGCUGUCGCUGCCCGCAGACUUCGUUCCGCAGCUUGCCGGCGCUGAGCCAAACGCCUCCGACGCUCCGGAACCCAAGCAGUGCCUUCUCCUUCACAGCUGCGCUGGAGUGCUCCUCGCAGAAACGGGCAUAGUGCCCGAGCCAGAGGCUGUCGAGACGUUGGCAACGUCGGUGCGACAACGACUACACGGACAGGCACACGAAGCCCAAGCUGCAUUGGGGCCCACGCCCGACGAACUGUCACGCGCAGAAGCUGAUCUUCGCAUUUAUGCACAUGACCUGCUGCAUUGGGGGCACGACAAGGACUAUCGGUGCCUCGCGGCGUUCCCAGACCCGAUCUUUGCACCUUAUGCCCUUGCUAUUGUCCGAGUUGACCACCGUGGCGGCACUGCCCUCGAGGUCCUGGUUGGCGCCAACCACGAUUCCAGCCCGGAAUCCACCGUCUGGCUCCUUGUUUCGCAGGGCCAUAUGCGCCUGCUCCAUCCGCCGCGCCCUUUUGUCUGGCCUGCGACAGCGCGUCAAAUCCAGGCGGUCGGCUGGGAGCCCCACUUGGAAGCAGCUGGCUGCCCCGAGGCUUGGUAUCGAGCCCGGGACGUCCUUCGCUGUCACAUUUGUCAGCCCAAAUAUCCGCCGGAACGUCGCUCGGGGUGGGGCAUCAGUGUGUUUGGGCUCAGUCCGUUGGCACCCCCAGACAGCUUCGCGCCCAAGAUCGGGCAGACGCUAGACCCUCCAUCGGCUUGUGCCCAACUGGCAAUUACCCCACCCGCGGACGGACCUUGGCUCUUGUGCAUCGGGCCCGACGUUGCCGCGCUUGCUGCACGCCUCGCUCUCACUGGUCUUCAGACCAUUUCAGUCAGUGACCACGCCUUCGACCAGCUCUUAAAUUCCUUGUCGGUUCUUGAGCACCUGGUUGCCCUCCCGGGAUGUGUUGGCCUUUGGCUCGAUCUUGGCGUCGGGAGCGCCAGCUGGCGCGCUGCUUUGCUCCGCUCGGUGCCCCAAUCUGUCCUGGCUGCUCUGCUGAUCACUGCUCCGCUGGGGCUUGCUGUUCGCGAACUUGCCCCGCACGUCUCCCCGGUGCGGGUGCCGCCUGCUUGGCUGCCGCAACGCGGCCCUCUGUGGCUUUACUCUCAGCACCCAGUGGUCCUGGCUUGCGCACCAGACCUCCCAGGGGACUUGCCCUCGUUCGUGGCUGCCCUCUUUCGCCCUGAGGCGCGCUUCGCGCCCGGGGCCUGUAGACAAUACUUCGAUUUCGUGAGUUCGACUCCCUACUCCCGUGGGGCCCUGGGCCACGCCGCUACCUUGGGCAGUGCCCUGCUCGAAGCUACCAAUGGUUGGAAAGCGGCCACGCAGAUUUUGCGUAAGGAAGGCCAGCAGAAGAGAGGGGACCACUUCGCUGGCCUCCAUGAAGCUUACCUGGAACCCCUGGUCCACCCUUCACUGCUCGAGGAGGCCCGACGCACUGCUAAGCAUGGCGUUGAGGUCAGAGCUCAUAUGCAGGAAGGAGAGCGAGUUCGGGCAAACCCCCAUCCCAGCCUGAAAGGUCAUCUGGACGAGGCUGCAGAGCAAAUUUGGCAUGAUGCUCAGAAAGGAAGGGUCCUCAUCGUCGUGGACCAGGGGCAAGAUGGCCUCAGAGGUGUAGUCUCCGCGCCCUUGGCAAGAGUCCCAAAGUACAACCCAGACAGAACUGUGAGCAGCAAGGGAAGAGUGAUUUGGGACGCCACGGCCGUGAACAAAGUUUGCACCAAGGAGGACCACCCCCCAGCUCUUCAGCCUUGCCAUUCUGAAUUGGCCAGGUUGCUCCUUUGGUGGGCCUCCCGAUACCCCGCUCUCCCCAUUUUGCUUUCCAAGAAGGACGUCGCUGAAGCGUUCAAAUGGAUACCUGUGUCUGACGACGAUGUCAGGCUGUUUGCCGCUGACCUCGGAGGAAAGGAUUUUGGACAUCCAGGGAGCACUAUAGUGCUGGUGUACAACGUCCUCACCUUUGGAUGGAGAGGAGCGCCGGGCCAGUUUAUGCUUUUUGCCUGGACAAUCAAGUCUGCCUUCCACAGCCUGAAGCCCAACGACCCAGAGUGGAAUGACGCCACGCCCUUCAGAAGCCUGGUACUUAUGGAUGACACCAUCAUCUGCGAACCAGACAUAGGGCUUCGCCCGCACUACGCGGUGACGGCUGUCGAAGAGCUCACACGGCGAGUGUUGGGCCCGGAGGCAAUCAAUCCCGCCAAGGAUGCAGAAGAAGGAGGGCUGACAAGUUCCAAGCUCAUCUGGGGCCUGCUCUAUGAUACUGAACAAGGCACGCGCACUCUCCCUCCAGUGAAAUUAGAAAAGGCGAGCCACCUGCUGCGCCUGGCGGAGUUCGACCCGGGGAACACCAAGGUCCCAUUGCGCUUGCUUCAGGAACUCAGAGGAAACCAGCAAUUUUGGAUAGCGGCCAUGCCGGCCUUGGCACCUCUUCUUUCUGCUACCAAUGCAUUACUGGGUCCUGCAGACAGCGAUGGGUACGCACGUCCCAAGGGCUCUCCCGCAGCCCAGGCUCGUGCCUGGCAAAGGUUUUGGGAAGCCGUGGAGGUUCAGAGGCUGCUUGUCGAAAUGAAAAGCGAAUGGACCACUGUGUUCACGCACCCGCUGGUGGAAGCUUUGUCCCUUCAGGAAGUCCUGGCCCUCCCGGGCCAGGCCAAGCAAGUAAUCUGGGCAUCUGGAGACGCCACCUUGGAAACCAUCGGAGCCGUGGAUUGGACCAACAGGGCCGCCUUCUCACUCAAAAUUGCGGAAUUGGAGGGCCCCUUGAGGACCUUCGUUGAGACUUCGAAGGACGAAGACCCACAGGAAGCCAAGGGAGAGGGCAGUCCCGAAGAAGAGAUUCUGAUCGUGGCCGUGACUGAACUCCUUGCUCUCGUCGCUCUGGCCUCCUCUCAGCGUGAAAAGUGGAGGGGGAAAGUGGUGAUUUAUGCAGGAGACAAUCAGGUCGUCAGGAGCUGGGUGCAGAAAAGGACGGCCCCCAGGGCCAUCGCCGCCUAUUUGCUCCAACUUCUGUCCGUUUUGGAAAGUGUUUAUGGUUUCCGAGUCUACACGGCGUACAUCCGCACUUACCACAACCGCACUGCUGAUGAUCUCACCCGCCUGGACCCCCACUUGGUCUUCCAAAGGGAAGGCCUGCAAUCGGCGCUCGAACGGGUGCCCGCGGGGCUCGCCAUGGCGCUGUUGGACAAGGUCUGUUUGGAGUGGGACUGCGACUAUGGGGCCUACAGCGCGGCCGUGCUGUCCCUCGGAGCGGUCGUCUACGCCAGCCACUCUGGUCGAGGGCACUGGCGCACCCCGGUCGAUGAAUGGGAUGGCCAGCCGGUUGACCUCCUGUUCGGACGCGUUGGCCCGAGAACCACUAGCGCGCAAGAGCUGGCCCGAGGCGCGUCUCGCGCCCGGGCCAAGGAGGUUUGGGCCGACACGCCGACUGAAAAAGAAGCAAAGGAAUGUGUCCAGGGGUUGGAAGCUCUGGGGUAUCAGACUCUCGUCAAAUGUGUGGCAGGCAGAACGCUGGAGGACCAGAUUUGGUGGAGGCGGUGGGUUGUUUGCGGGAAAAAGGGAGGGGCUGCGCGUGAGCCGCCCUGCCUUUCCGCGGAUGAAGAACCCCAGACCCCAGCCAAAGCUUACUAUGACCUGACUUGGCUGCAGCCUGACAAGCAGAUCCCGACCGACGCCUGGGUGUCGUGUGAAGUCAACCUUGACAGUGGCAUGCCACAUCUGGGGGCAACCUCGCCCCGACCUGCCGGCCAUUUCAAGCUAAAUGGCAAAAGGGCACUCCUGUGGGAGCCGCACCGCCCGUUGCCUUCCCUGCACCAACAUUCAUGCGCGGAAGGGAGACCAGACGCCCUGUUUCUCCUCGGCACAAGCACAAAAGGGCCAAGUCCCAGGCGCCUGAUGCCUGUGGAGGUGCAACGCCUGUGGGGUGUGAAGUCAGAAAGGUCAACCCUGUCCGACCAGGACGAAGCCGCCAAGCACGCGCUGCUCGAACCACCCACGGGGCUGGCUAAGUUAGCUGGGCUUUGG